AGUAUAAGGAAGUAAGUGUGCUAUUAUCCACUGGCCGCUGUCCAGCCAAGUGGCUUUUGUCCCUACGGUAUAUACUUACUAACAUCAUUAUCCACGCAUCAGUUUGUUGUUUCUACCGAAUCGCAAUCCAAUUUACUAUCCGCCCAUAGUCGGUAAACCAAAUCUGUCUAAGUUUCCUACUGUAGAUCACUUUCUGCUGUAUUAGCAAACGUGUUAAAAGAGGCACUUUGCUUUUGUAAAUCUCAUAUCUAUCUCCCUUGUAAAACACACAACUAUCUUCAAGCCCAAUUUGCGUUCAAGAACAACAACUUCCUACUCUAAUUUGCCUUUAUUUUGAGAAUAAGACAAAGAGAUUCUUGAGUUUUGCUGGUUGUCUAGCAUGACAAUGGAGAGCCAAUCUGAGCGAAAAUGCUUAGUAAAGGUUUCACCGGAGGAAAGAAGUUCCCAAAAAUCCACAUCAAAGAGAAGAAGAUCACAAGAUUCCGAAGUUAGUAUUAUUAACUUAUCAAGGAUAUUGUAUCUGCUCUAGAAUGUUCAAGCCGGCGCCCAUCUUCCUUGUUCCACAUCUUCUGUCCUACAACUAGGCUCACCGCAUCUUCUAGAAACUAUACUAACACUUAAUACUUUUGCUACAGGAUGGAACAAACACUAGUAACUCCAAUCGGCGCAAGAGGGCGCUCACCAUAGAUCCAUCCACAUUUAUGAAUUCAAAUCCAGCAGAAAAACAGUAUCUAGAAUUGCAAGCAUGUUCCAAAACCUUUGACAGAGAUUUCAAAAAGCUCGCCGCAAUUGACAACAUCAUAGAGGAUGUCCUUGACAAACAUCGUAAGCUGUUAGUGAGUGUUACUAUUCAAGCAAUGCCACGAAUAUCAACGCUAAUAUUUGUCGCCUUUAGGAUGAUAACAUGACCAACUUCAGAAAUGAUUUCCCACAUAUGACUGAAUUUGUGUGGCGUGACUUCUUGAAAGCUGCAUCAAACAAUCAACUUCUUGACCAGCUAGAUGGCUGUCGCAGGGAGAACGAGAUUAUUUGCAUGGAUUCCCGGAAGAAGCUUGCGGAGAUGAGUGGGAAUUUAAAGAAUGUUCGUUUAUCACUUGACUAUACAAUAUGAGUACAUUUACUGACAUCGAUCAGGAGUACCCGAACUUUAAGUCUCAAGACUAUAACAUUUAUGUUGCCAGUCAUGCAGAUUCCGCUAUUACUGAUAACGAGCAAUUGGCUGCAUUCUUCGCAAAUCGUUCGCCCAAGGAUGUUGCCAAGGACUACAAGAAGUUGCCGAGAUUCAGAAUAACAAGGUGUGAGGAGAUCCAUUCUAGAGCUGAGCUUCCUCCGGCAUAUAGAGCUUCGCUCGAGCGUGCACGACGAUUUCCCGACCAUCUCGGUCUCAUCUCAUAUGACACCGCAGGGGUUAUACAUAAGAUAAGGAAUACACAAAGUAGAAGGGACAACGACAAAUUUUGCGUCACCUUGGAUGAUAUUUGGAUCUAUAAUGAGACGAGGAAAAAAUAUGAGCCGCAUCCAAAUCAACAGAUCUUCCACAGUGCUUUUCAGCUCGAGUACUAUCAUUUGCAAAGGAGAAAAAUAGUCUAUGUCGAAAUUUCAGAAGAAGACCUGCCAAAGACAAGUCGCUCAACACAAAUUUAAAUCCUCCAAACCAUUCAAAUUCAUCUCAGUAAUUGGACUACGAAAUCACUAGAGAACAUGGGUAACUCGGGUUGAUCAUCUGACUUAGGGGAUAUUUCGAGAAAAUGCCGUCGAGCUCGAGCUACCGUUUCAGACACAAGGAAGCGUGGCGAAAGUAUGGUGUCUUUCAUUUGACUUCUCGAUGCCACGAAUUACCAAAAAAAAGGGUAAAAUAAAGCCCAAAUCAUUAUUAGAAAAGAUGACAC